AUAGACUGUAAGCAUCCUACCUACAGCUUCUAUUUUUGUUCAUGUUGUACAUUUUGACCACUUGCUACUGACACCUUAAAUGACAUGCAUGAUGUACGUGACACAAAUUGGAUUAUUAUUUUGUUUGGUGGUGACAAAAGCACUGGGCCAAUGCAAGGGAAAGUGUGAAAAUUUGCAAAUAUCCACAAUCAGCAUCCCUCUGAAAUCUGAAGUAUUGCUCCCUUGUAACUUUGAAACAAACAACAACACCGCUAAUAAAACAAACAGAGCGAGUUGGAGACACUUAUCAUCAAGUCUCCUAAAUAUCACCCAAGAUGGGAAUAUCAUCUUUGAGGAUCCUAGAGAAGGACGGGUGACUGUUUUUCCCAUCCUAGCUGCAAGAGGAAACUUCUCCAUCAUUAUCCAUAAUGUACAGGCCUCAGAUUUUGGCUCAUACUGCUGUGAGCUUAACCGGGAAUGCUUGCUACUGCAGAUCACCGAAACAACCCGUCCAGAGAAAAAAUUUGAUUUAAACCCCUGGAUAUACUUUGCGGCUGGAGCUGGAUUAUUUAUUCUGCUUUUUUUUGCAACUUACUUGUUUGCAAAAUUAUGGGGAAACGUAAAUGAAACAUCAAAAUCGAAUUCUGUUAAUGGAGUACAGAAUGAAGGUAACCACACAGAAGAACGACAAAAUACAGAACGCAGUGAGCACAGAAACCCUAACAACAGGGGUCGAGGCAGGGAAAACGCAACUGUUUAUGAAAAUGAGGCACAUGCUCCGAAUCAAAAUCCACAAAGAGCUAUUAGAAGAGCUCCUCCUGAGCCACCAAGUGAGGCAUCAGAUCCAAAACCAUAUUAUGUUAACCAAGAGGAACUUUCCGUUUCAAGCAACGCUGGUAAAAAACGGAAAAAAAACAAAACAGCUUACCAGUACAAAAAUCCAAUCUAUGGGGAUUGAAGUUGAUCUACAGGCGGUGGAUUGUGGCAGAGUCCAGUUUCACAGAAUCCUAAUACACAGAUUACAGUCUGCAUAACAAUGCUUUUUGGAAGAUUAUUGGAAGAAUACUGUUGAUUGGCACCUAAAUAGUGAUGUUUUUUUUUCAAGGAAAUCAUUCAUAUUUGUUAUUGCAUGUUUUAUGGAAAAACUACAAUUGUUAAAUGAUAUGCAUAAAUCAUUAAAUGUUUCAACAGCUUUGA